UGAUGUUGAAGACUCCUUCGCUACCCUUUGAUUCACAAUGGACUAGUCAGGAUGUCAAUCAUUGCGGUUAGUGAGUUAGCCACGCCCCCCAUGAGAGAGAGAAUGUGAAAUAAAUGUGUAAAGUGUAUCGAAGUAAGCCUUGGAAGUUCUUGUUACCUCAAAAAACUUGGAUAUUUAGGAGUAUGUUUUUGUUUCAAGAUAUGUACAUUGUGAGUGCUUAAUAUUGAUGGAAACUGGGGAGUCGUAAAAAAGAUGGGAAAAUUGCAAAGCAAGCAUGCAGAAUGUAUUUUUGUGAAUGCUCAUUUAAACAAGGCACUUGAAGCCCAGAUCUGGAAGCAGAAAACUGGAUGUAAUUUGGCUAAUUAUAACAUGGAUGAUACCAUAUCGGAAUUAUCCAUAUGCGUAGCUGACAAAGAAGAUGGAUCCCCAUUACGUGUUGACCUUCCACCACAGAAGUUAUUAGAUACUGAUACGUCCCGAGUGUUAAAAUUAGAUCAGGGUGAAGAUGAAGAAAAGAAAGAAAACAUGGACGAAGGAACAGUGGAACAGAAGUUGAAUAUUGAGGAGUUUGAAUGUGGCGUUCAUUUUGAGGGAACGGAAUCAUCCAAACAAGAAUGGUCUUUUACGUUGUAUGAUUUUGAUGGUCAUGGGAAGAUCACGAAAGAGGACUUGGCCAGUUUAUUAAAAGCUCUGUAUGAUGCAGUCGGGUCCUCCAUAAAGCUUCCACAUAACGGCACCAAAACAUUGAAGCUACGACUAACAGUUGGUCAAGAUAACGCUCAACUUCACAGCGCCAGAAUCUCUUCUGCUAAAUCCAAAGAUAGUCCGAAAGUCAAAGACGGCAAAACCAAAGAAACAAUAAAAGCGAAAGAUUUCGCCAAGUUGAAUAAUUUGACGACUCAGCAGUUAAACGUAAAAUGUAACAAUGAGAAGCAGACGCCGAAUGGCAAGACACGAAAUCAGUUGAGUCUUGAGGAUCAACAGCAAUUAGCAGAAUUAGUUCAAGAGAACAUGGAGAGAAAUCACAUUAAACAACUCAGAAGACAUCACAGUGAUUGUCGAAACACAGAAGGGUCACAUCACAAACGUCGCCAUAGGAACCGUCUUCCUCAGAUAGUUGAUGAAACACCCAAAGAGAGUCAAGAUAGAAGAAAUUAUUAUUUGGAUUUAGCAGGCAUUGAAAAUAAUGCGACUGAGUUUCAAAAUACUCCUUCAAUGCCAACAGCAGGAUCAGGAGUGGUGCAUCUUGGGAAUGGCCACCACAGGUCAAGGUCUCAUGAUGUUACGACUCAGAAGUAUGAUAACGCCAAACGUGAAUCUGAUAGAUUGUGUAAACAAAUUGACAGUCCGAAAUUGGACCACAAAUCAAGGUCGCAUGAAAUAAAGGAAGAACCAACGGAAAAACGCUCCCCGAAAGGACAUAAAAAUGUUACCUCAGUGACCUCUCCUCAGAAACACGGAAAGUAUCGACCUGUUAGUCUACCCGCUCACGUACCAAACACAGUUUCUCCUCACUAUCACCGUCGACAUCGUCAUCGGGAAAAGAAUCACGACAUGGCGAUGCAACAAGUUGCGGAAUGGAUCGAACGCGAGCAUACAUGGGAUGUGGAUGGAGAAAAAAUUGUGAUACAGCGUCACGAGCAUCAUCAUGUUCAUGAACAUCAUCAUCAUCAUCAUUAUCAUCACUAUUAUGAGGCAUAAUGAUAUACUAAUGGCGGGUAUUGGUGAUGGUGAUAUGUUGGUUCAAUGCAAUUAGUGAUGAUUCAUAAUGCAAAUUCAAACACAAACUCACUUUAAUUAAUUCAAGUCAAAUUAUAAAGUUGUAAAUAUAAUUGUUAAUAUUCUAUAAACUUUAGUAUUUAUUACAAGUCAGACAUCUUUAAUAAAUACCAUUUAUUGGACUGUAAAUAAAAUGAAAGUAAAACUCAAUUUAAACUGGGAAGAACAAUUAAUGCACAUUUGAGGUGUUGUUUUUGCUGCGGUGUAUUAUUUUACAAUUAAGUUCCAUUGACACUUUGUGAAUUGUGGAGUCAGAAGACCAAGCAAAGAAACUACUCAAAUAGACUGAAUGUGCGACAAAGAGGAUUCCUCUACUUCUGAGAUUAUUGUCCGUGAUAUUUUGUGGUUCCAGAAUUUGGUUACACUCAAACUAUUUUCACUCGAAAAAAAAUGUAUUAAUCUUUUUUAAGGAUUUUGUGUUUUGACGAGAUAUUUGAACUGUGCAACUACGCUAAAGAAAUUUGUAGUGUAUUGAACAACAAUCAUUUCUGACAAUCGGAAAAAAAGCAGUGAAGAAAUAGAUUUUUGUUUUACGCAAAAGAAAAGAAAAAAAAAUAUCACUCAAAGAAAUCCUGAUAUCUUUUAUAUUUCAAAUUGAAACAAACAGAUAUCAACAAAAGACAUUUCAACAUGAUGGAUCACUGCCUUUCUCUGAUUGGCUAGUUUAAAAAGUGACCUUUGACAUUUGUUAUGCCUAGCAACUAGGCAAGGACAUUAUUAAUCUACCUCCUUAAUAUGGGCCUAAUUUUAGAAUUUGUUUCCUCACACUUGCCGCUAUAUUGUACAGUGAUAUAAGUUAAGAUUUAUUUUGUAUAUUAAGUUCCUUGUUGUAAAUUAGAUAUAUUUAAGGGCACGAUGAUUGAUGAAAAUGGAGAAUUUAAAUCGUCGUUGUAUGCUGUGUAAUUUUGAGAUACUGUUACUGUUUAAUAAUAUUAGAUGUUUACUGUCUGAUACAGUAUUCAACCGUUAAAUAUCGCAAUCACUCUGGUGUCGUAAACGAAAUUAGAUUUUUAUUCUUCCAGACAGAUUUAUAUUUUCGGAGUACAGAUGGAAUUUUGGUUCAAAAACCUAAUAGUUUGGACAAUAGUUUUAAAUAUUGGAAUCGAAAAUAGAUUUUUAUGCUUCCAGCCAGAUAUGGCUUUGGCAAUAGUUUUAAGUUGUAUGCUUUUUACCAAUAUUGAUAGUUAAUGAUUGUUGAAAAGGCUGGUUAAAGUUCAAUAUUUCAUGGAAUAGCUUCUCAUAAGGUGUAGACCGCCAUAUUGAUUUGAUAUGUAGGUAAAUUUACAAGGUUCUAAUGAUAUUACCAUAGCGAUAUGGUACAUAUCCCCAUAAGUUCUAAUGAUAUUACCAUAGCGAUAUGGUACAUGGCCCCAUAGGUUUAGAGCGCUAUGGAAACCAGCUCCAUGUAAACAAGAAGGACAACAUUCAGGCCUAUCACAGACAUUAGUAGUACCGGACAAACUGUCAUGAACGAACAAGUACCUGACUUUUUUAACUUUUUGCGGGACAUUCCUCAAAAAUAUCAAUAAGACAAAUCAGUGCCGAACAAAAUGACAGACACCAGAAAGAUUGUGCUUGAUCCAACCUUAAUUUGUACCUGACAAUGUCUAUGACAGGUGCCUUAUUUUCAGGCUUGGCAAUAUUAGGAUUUAUUUCAUAAACAGUUUAUAAUAAGAGAGUGUACAGAGAUUGAAAUAAGAUAAUGUACCUAGUCAUACUAUAUAUAUAUUGUAAAUAAUUCUCUAAAAAGAUUCAAUAUUAUUCUAUAGUACUUCAUGUAUGUCUUGAAUGAAUAUAACACGAUGCACAGUUAAUGUUACAUUUAAACGAAAUCCAUAUUUGACUGAGAUUUUAAUUUAUAGUGCGAUGCACAUGGCGAGGUAUACCGGUACUAGCUCGUUAAAAGAAAAAGAUUUUAGAUACAGUGAUAUGCACAAAGCAGGUGUGUACUUGCUCUUUAUUGAAAAUUGAAUACCAUAUCCAUAGCAAUUUUUGUGUAUUUUAGUGUAUACUGACCUUGCUGUAAAGACAGUGAUCACUCGCGGUCACUUUUAAAACUCGGUAUGAAAAGUAGGAAAGCUGCCAUUCACUCACCAUGGCCAUAGUACAGAUCACUGAGUUAUUAGUAUACAUACUGAACACUUUGUAAGCUAUGACGCAUGUCUAUUUAUAUUCAAAUAAAAUCUUGGAAGCGUGAUCCAUCGGUGGCUAUUUAUUUUCUCCCAGCAAGGUCAAAUACAUGUAUUAUCGGCCAAUGUGUCAUAUUUUGCUAAUUGCAAUUGCAUCCAAUUCAAAUAAUAUUUCACUUCAAUUACACAUUCUAAUUUUAAGUAGCUAAUACUUAUUCCAGUGAUGGUAAGACUGUUUAAGUGUUUUUCCAAGAAGCAAUAUAAAAUUAUCAAAUCGAGGGAUACGAAAAUAUCCAAGCCAUGAUAUACACAUACAGCUGACAAAUUAAAGAUCUGAGAAUUGUAUGGAUUUCCUUUAAUUGCGAUAAAACGUUUAUCGAUAUAUAUUAAAGACUUUUGGCUCAAUGUAAGAAUGGUCAAGAAGGCUGUUAUGAGAGAUAUAAAUUAUUCCGACUGCCAUUUUUGUACCAUUGAAUGAGAUUAUUUGUGUUACUAUGGUUACGCACUAUUUGUUUUGAAUUUCUACCUAAGAAUGUAUCAUGUUUGAGAAUUAUAAGUACACAUGUAGGUAUGCUUGGGUUUGUCCAUUGUUCUAUUAAGAUUGAAAACAUUUGCAAGACUUUUUUUUGUUGUCAAAACUAUUUGACAAGAAGGUCUUACGAUUAGUUUCAGAAAUUAAUUUUACAAUUGUUAUAUUUAUUUCAACUUUUGUGCAAAUUACCAUUGUAUAAAUUUGUAUUUUAAAACAAUUACUAUUAAGAUGGCUAAUAAAGAUUUGUUAAUGUUUAUUCCCUAGAAAUUGGGAACAGAAUCACUUCGCUUUAUUUAGAAAUUUUGAAUGGUUUAAUUUUAAGAAUUAUGUGAAUUUUCAAGCAGAAUAAUUUUAAAACAGAAUAAUUUUAAAUUUCUUAUUAAUUAAGAACCUAUUCCAUUAUUUUUAUGAAGGCGAUCGCCUAAAUUGUAAUUUUAUUGAAAUAUUUUUUCUCUUGUUUUUGAUGAGUUUUUGUGAGUUGUGAGUGGUUGAAAUGUUUAUUCUAUUUAAUUCUGUGUUUUGUGAUGUCAACCUCAGUAUCUUAACACUGCAAGACUCAAAUAAACCUAUAAAUUAAUACAAA